AUGAUCGCCAUCUUUGACGAGGAUGGUGGCGGUGACGUCGACUUCCAGGAAUUCGUCCUCGGCCUCUCCGCUUUCAGUUCGAAGGGAAACAAGGAAGAAAAGCUCAAGUUCGCCUUCAAGGUCUACGAUAUCGAUCGUGACGGCUACAUCUCGAAUGGCGAGCUAUUCAUUGUGCUCAAGAUGAUGGUGGGCAGCAACCUAAAGGACCAGCAGCUGCAGCAGAUUGUGGACAAGACCAUCAUGGAGGCCGACAAGGACGGCGAUGGCAAGAUCAGCUUUGAAGAGUUCACGCAGAUGGUGGAAAAUACAGACGUCAGCAUGAGUCUGACUUUAGGUAAGUCCUUCUGA